UGCAUUAGCAUCAUCCAUCAUUCUUAGUAUUCUCAGUAUCGUCAACUCAGCAACAUUUUGAGGUAGAGAGUAGACGCCUGGUGUUUGCGGCUGCUAACAGAUGCUUGGAAACAACAGCAACGUUGGAGAUAUAACAUUAUUCUGGAAAUCGCCUGCACUAUACACCCACCUUUUCAAUUACGUAGUUCACAUAUAAGUAACGGGCACAUCUACGAUAUCACUUGGCGCGACGCCAGUGGCGCCCCAAUACAAGAUGGACUCUUCACAGCAAAUAUCCGAGAAAGAUCUCGAAAGAGGGAAUUCAGGGAGUAAGAUCUCACACUGGCGAUUAGUCUGGGAGCAAGGCCUUGUCACCGACGAGGUGCGGAAUGCAUCAUAUAAGGGCAGCGGAACCGAAGACGAUCCGUAUCUAGUAGAAUGGCUGGAGCACGAUCCAAGAAACCCAUUGUUAUGGCCGUCAUGGAAGAAAUGGGUUAUGGCGCUGACGAUGGCGUUUGCGACACUGGCAGUGUCGUUCUGUUCAAGUGCUUAUGCGGGAGGUGAGACGGAGAUGGUUGUGGAGUUUGGGGCAAGCGAGGAGCUCGUGACUGCAGGACUGUCAGUUUUUGUCCUUGGGUUCGCCCUAGGACCUAUGUUUUGGGGACCUCUUUCUGAGCUAUACGGCCGCCAGUAUCUUUACAUUUUUACCUUUGGUGCAUUCGCGGCGUUCAAUGCGGGCUUCGCCGGCGCGCAAAACAUCUGGACUGUUAUCAUCUGCCGCUUCUUCGCGGGAUCCUUUGGGUCGUCGCCAUUGACGAAUGCCGGAGGUGUUAUCGCAGAUAUGUUUCCGGCGAAAGAACGUGGCCUCGCCAUGAGCGUGUUUUCCGUCGCUCCAUUCAUGGGCCCAGUCCUCGGGCCCAUCAUUGGAGGCUUUCUGGGCAUGACGGAAGGCUGGCGGUGGAUUGGCGGCUUAAUGGCAAUCUUCUCCGGCUUCAUCUGGGUCGUCGGCAGUAUCAUCUCGCCUGAGACCUACUCCCCAGUUCUCCUCCGUCGCCGCGCCCAAAAUCUGUCCAAGAUCACAGGUAAGGUCUACGAAUCGCGAGCCGAUCAUGACCGAGGCAAGGUCACCUUUGUCAAAGUCAUGUCUACCUCCCUCAAGCGCCCCUGGAUCCUACUCUUCAAGGAGCCCAUCGUGCUCCUGCUCUCCGUCUACAUGGCCAUCAUCUACGGCACGCUGUACAUGCUCUUCGGCGCCUUCCCACAAGUAUAUCAGCUGGGCCGUGGCUGGUCGCAGGGUAUCAGCGGUCUUGCAUUCGUAGGUGUCGCCGUCGGCAUGCUGAUCGCCAUGGUAUACAACUUCUACGACAACGAGCGAUACAUCCAGGUAGUCGAAGCCGAGGGCGGCUUCGCACCGCCGGAAGCUCGUCUCCCACCAGUCAUCAUCGGCAGCUUUGCGUUGCCGAUCGGCUUGUUCUGGUUCGCGUGGACAAAUAGCCCUAAUAUACACUGGCUAGUGAGUAUUGCGGCAGGUGUUCCGUUCGGAUUCGGCAUGGUGCUUGUGUUUAUGUCUAUCAUGAACUAUCUGAUUGAUGCAUACACAAUCUUUGCCGCGAGUGUGCUGGCGGCGAAUUCGAUCCUGCGGUCCUUAUUCGGUGCGGCAUUCCCGCUAUUCACGACGCAGAUGUUUAGACGUCUGGGAAUACAUUGGGCCAGCACAAUACCCGCGUUUCUAGCAUUGGCCUGCAUGCCGUUCCCGUUCCUAUUUUACAAGUACGGUGCAGCGAUUCGCAUGCGGUGCAAAUAUGCGGCAGAAGCAGAUGCGUUCAUGGAGAAGAUUCGUGGUGAUACGAAUGACGGGAGAGGUGACGAGACAAAUGACGAGACGAAAUUUGAAUCAAACGACGAUUCAAAUCCGGAACUGGAUGCAGAAGAUGCGGGUCGCCACUCAUCGGUGGCGCUGGAGAAGGAAGAAGAGGCCGAGCAGGAGGCGAUGGAUUUUUCAUACGGGGCUCGGACGGACGAGCUGGUAUUGGCGCCCACCAGGACCGAUUGCACGCGAGCGGAUAGCAGGUCUGAAAGAAGGUCUCGAGAAGUUUACGAUGAAAGCCCGUACGAUAUCGAUCGGGUAAAUACGAAGGAGAGCUUCAAAGAUAAGAAUAGCAGCUUAAGUCUGAGCACGACUAAGUCAAGAGACUCAUCGAAAAGUCCGGCGAAAGAGAGGUGAGAUAGAGGUAUCAUUGGUUUUGAAAGCAUAGCGUCAUCUCAAUUGUAACGUAAAUUGGCACGAUUGUGUGCGGUGUGUACCCAUCAUAUCUCGAGAAGUGCCCAGGUGCUGUCGUCAACAGUUGUAUAGAUCAUGCCUGCAGCCAACAAGUCCUCGCCACCCUUGUACACAUCUGCAGGAUCCAUUCUUGUCUCACUCGCAAUGACCUGCACAUGUAGGCCCUCGUUACUC